CUUGGGCCACGUAAGGGCCCCACGGAGUUCAGCUUCCAGCCCGACUGCUGCCUGCGUCCGACUGAGCCUGAGUCUGAAUUCAGACCUCCCAACCUUGACACUCAGCUAUCUUAAUAGCCACGGCGGGCAGGACUGAGCAAAGGGCCCAGAGAAGACCCUGGUCCUCUCUUCCUCCAUCCUUCCAUCCCCUAGGGCUCAGAGCCCCGAGACGUGAACAGGCUACUCUCUUCACCGGCCCCGGGCUAGAGGCACAGACUGCCCAAAGCAGCAGCAGUCAACCGGGACGCUUCCUGCUCGCCCCCAACCCCCAGCUUGGGCUGUCAGCGAAGCGCGGCUUCCCCGCUCCGCCUGCCCUCGGGCACCACACACACCAUGGGCCCCAGCGGAAUCCGCAACUUCCAACUGGAACUGAGGCCCGGCGCCUAUCACGGUGGGGAGCAGCUGAAUGGCCUCUUGGUGUUGGAGCUGAGCCGACCCCUGCGAGUGAAGGGCCUGGACGUGGCAGCCAGGGGGGCCGCCGCCGUGCACUGGCUGGACAGCCGCAGCGUGGGCGUGAACGCCGUGUACAAUGACUACGCGGCCUUCCAGAGCUUCCUGCGAAGUCGUAGACAGCUGCUUCCCCGAGACUCUGGGGACACUACUACCUUACAGCCGGGAAGGCACGAGUUCCCCUUCAGCUUCCAGUUGCCCACGACUUUGGUGACCUCAUUUGAAGGGAAGCAUGGGAGUGUUCGAUACUGUGUGAAAGCCAAGCUCCAUAGACCCUGGGGCACAGCCAAACGGGCCAGAAAAGAGUUCACAGUGAUUGAGCCCAUCGACAUCAACACUCCUGCCCUGCUGGAGCCUCAGGCAGGUGUGAAAGAAAAGAUGGCCCGGGCCUGGUACUGCAAUCGAGGCCCAGUUUCCAUCACAGCCAAGAUUGAUAGGAAAGGCUAUACCCCAGGUGAGGUCAUCCCUGUCUUUGCCGAGAUAGACAAUGGCACUAGCAGGCCAGUUGUGCCCAAGGCUGCCAUUAUCCAGACCCAGACCUUUGUCGCCCGUGGGGCCCGGAAGGAGAAGAGAUCGGUGGUGGCGAGCAUUGUGGGGGAGCCCAUCGCCGCAGGGAAACGGGAGCUGUGGCAAGGGCGGGCACUGAAGAUUCCUCCCGUGGGACCUUCCAUUCUGCAGUGCCGAAUCCUCCAUGUGGAUUAUUCUCUCAAGGUCUGUGUGGACAUCCCAGGCACAUCCAAGCUGCUCCUGGAGCUGCCCCUUGUCAUUGGAACCAUCCCACUGCACCCAUUUGGCAGCCGGACGUCCAGCGUGGGUAGCCAGUACAGCGUCAACCUGGAUUGGCUGCACAUGGCCAUCUCUGAGCAGCCCGAAGCUCCCCCAGAGUACUCUGAGGUGGUGUCUGAGGAGACAGGCCCAAGCCUCUCGCCACCGCCCCAAGAGGCCAGGAGCAGCCAGGCCCCGGAGGGCCCCUUCUUUGCCUACAUCCAGGAGUUCCGCUACCGUCCACCUCCCCUGUACUCUGAGGUGGAUCCAAACCCUCCCUUGCAGACCAUUCGUCGGCGAUGCAUGACGUGUUGAAGCCCGGAGGCAGUGGCUUUGAUUCUGAUCAGGACCAGCUCCUGGGAUCCAAUAAAGGGCUUCCCAGCUGGAAAGAGGCCAAGGAGCCCCACUGAUCCGCCCUGCAGGAGAGCAGGCAGCUUGAAGGCGCUCCUGGGCUUUGGUGGCGAUGGCAGGGGCGUGGGGAGUCUGCUUACCAUGACUUUAGGACUCAGCUGCUGAGUCCCCCUUUUCUCCGGCCCCAAGUUGCUUUUGGGUGAAGAUGGUCCCUGAUGGGAGGCCAUUUUGUUCUUUCUGGAGACAACUCUAAACUUCUUUGGCUUGGAAAUGGGAGAGUGUUUGAAGAUUGCAGAGGUGAAGCCCCUUGAGAGGCUCAAAGAGAAGCUAUGACUUGGCCACACACGGGAGAGCCACCCCUAAGAACCGGGCCCUCUCAUCCCCUGGCUGGGGUGCUUGCCUACACACUGCCUCAUUUUGGACCGAGAAGAAGGCGAUCCCUUUCCCAACCAGACACCUGAGAGUCGAUGGGCCAAGGCAGCAGGAGCUUAUGGGGCUGGCCGUACAAGCUGGGCCUGGGGAAGGGGGAUGGAUGGAGUUAGGGGUAAAUGAAGGGGCAGAGCUUUAUGAGGGAUGGCCCAUGGGUGCUAAGAGUGGGCAUAGCCGUGGGCUGGAUGGCCCUUCUGAAGCUGGUACUAAAGCUGGGAGGGACCACGGGGGCUCUGGUCCACAGAUGCCCCCCACCUGGGCCUCUGGCAAGGGAAGCCUUCCCCUUCCAGAGCCCACCACAGUGCCCAGCUCAAAGCUAGGCAACGAAUGCUAGGCUAGCUCCUUCUUUUCAUGAGCAAAUAUCGGCUUGGCCUUCACUGCAAACAUGCUGAUCAGCACUGUGGUUUUGAUAAAAUCGAAGAACAUUCAGGGAGGCUUCUCUUUUUGUACAGCUUUUUGUUUGAAAAAAAUUAAAUAAAAGUGAAUACCGUGCUUUCUACUGA